AUGACGGGUCUCCCGAGUACUUCAGGCACGACAGCCAGCGUGGUAGUAAUCCGUGGUUCAAAGAUGUAUGUGGCUCACGUGGGCGACUCGGGCGUGGUUCUUGGAGUCCAGGAUGACCCGAAGGACGACUACGUCCGGGCCGUGGAGGAUCAUUAUGAUUUUGGCAUGAGAGCUAUAAAAACUGUAUUAAUAAGAGUUGGUCAAAGGCGUCAAGAGUUUCCUGCAAUAGAAGAAACUCUAAUCACAAUUGACAUACUGAAAGAAGUGAAUUUACCAAAGUUAAUUGCUGAGGAUGUUCCAGUAUUUGAACAUAUUAUCAGAGAUCUCUUUACAGAAAUGGAAGUUCCAAAAGUAAAUCCUAAACGAUUAGAGAGUGCAAUAUCUCUUGCAAUACAGCAUUUAUCUUUGCAGCCUUGGGAAAAUCAAAUAGAGAAGGUUAUACAACUAUACAAUCAGCUUAUGGCUCGUGGUGGUGUGAUGCUUGUAGGCCCCACAGGUGGAGGAAAAACUACCAUCAGAACAAUUUUAGAAAAAGCCUUGAUAAUCUUUCCAUUAGUUGAUACGGAUAGUGCUUCCAAACUUGAUUGUUCUGGUAAGAUUUCUGACAGAAAAAGCAAAGUGGAUACUUUUGUUGUAAACCCAAAGUGUGUUACUAUUGAUGAACUCUUUGGACAGACAAAUCCUAGUACAAUGGAAUGGUCAGAUGGAUUAUUAUCAUCAGUAGUAAGAGGAUUUGCUAAACUUGGGAUCAAAAGAGCUAAAAGAAAAGAUCCAAGCCUUGGUAUUAAUUCAGAAAUGCAGGAUUUAUAUACACUGAAUACAGUGAAUAUAGCUGAUGCAGUUGUGCCUGAUGAAGUUGGACAAUCAAUAGAGAAUAUUCAAUGUGAAACUGCUGUUGACUGGCAGUGGAUUAUCCUGGAUGGUCCAGUAGAUCCACUUUGGAUAGAAAACUUAAAUUCUGUGUUAGAUGACAGCAGAACAUUAUGUCUUGCUAACAGUGAAAGAAUUUAUCUAUCAUCAGCCUUCAGAGUGAUAUUUGAAGUGGACAGUGUGUCUGAAGCCAAUCCAGCCACAAUUAGUAGAUGUGCCAUGGUUUACGUGGACCCUGCUGAUUUGGGAUGGGAGCCUUAUGUCAAAACAUGGCUGCAAGGAAUUUCUGAAAUAAUACCCAAAAAUAGUAUUGAAUAUCUUGAAAGUUUGUUUCACUCAAGUAUAAAGACAGGGUUAACUUUUCUAAAUAAACAUAAGAAAAUGCAGGCAUUUCCUGUACAUCAGUUGGGGAUAGUAAUGAACAUUUGCAGAAUUAUUGGUUCAUUUAUUCAUGUAAUAAAACUAAAUCAAGAAUCACAAGAUAGUAAGAAAAGACGACAAAGCAGCUCAGUGAGUUUUUCCAACCAGAGGAAUUCUCCACAAUUUUUACAUACAUUCAGUGGAAGAGUCCCAUCAAUAAUGAAGAAAAGGGAUGGUGAGAUAUGGUUUUGGGAAAAAGAGCCUAAUAAAAUGCUCAUAUUAUUGGGGAAAAUUUUCAUAUUUGCAUUUACUUGGGCUGUUGGAGGAAUUUUAAAACGAGAGGAAGAACAUGAAGGUGAAACUCUCAUUGAUAUAAACACUAGCCAAGAUGAACUUGCACAUAGAAGCCUGAUAGUCUCUUCUAUAAUUUUAGGCGAUCCUGGCAGUGGAAAGACUAUUAUGAUAGAUAAUAUGCUUGAAAGACUCCAAAAAGAUGGAUUAAAUAUAAGGAAGAAAACAAUAUUAGGAGAGGUUUUUCACUACAACCAGUCUAAAAUGUCAAGCUUGAUGAGGAACAACAGUAUGCUGAAAACAGAUCAGUUUCGUAGCUCUUGGAAAAUAACACAUUCUUCAACCAAAGAAUUACUUUCAGCUCUCAGCUCAAUAAGAGAGGAUUCCUAUGUUGAAGAACCAUCUUCAGGGCCUAUCAUUUGUAAAUUACAAUUAUGUGCCCAUACAAGUGCAGCUCAAACGAAGAGUUUGAUCACCCAGAAAUUAAUACUGAGAAGUAAAGAUGUCAUGGGUGCUCCACAAUCUAAACAAACACUACUGUUUAUUGAUGAUUUGAACAUACCAAUCACAGAAGAAUAUGGAUCCAAGCCACCAUUAGAAUUCAUCCGUCAGUUUGUGGAGAUGGGUGGAUUUUAUGACGUUAAACACCUUGAAUGGAAACAUAUUAAGGACAUUGCCACAAUUGCAUGCUGUACACCUCUAAAUGUAGGAAGUAAUGAGAUUAGUACUCGUCUUCUAUCCCAUUUUUGCAUCUUAGUUUUGCCUACAACUUCCUUACAGUCUUUGCAACGUAUUUUCCAGGUACGUCUGGGAACAUACUUUUACAUUAAUAGAUUCUUGGUUGAAGUUCAGAAGUGUACAGAUUAUUUAACGUGUUGCUCUAUUGCACUGUACUAUAGAAUGCUUUAUAAAAUGCUUCCAACACCUGCUAAAUGCCAUUACAUAUUUAAUCUACGAGAUCUUUUUAAGGUACUUGAAGGACUACUUCAAGCCCACAAGUCAGUCAUUGUCUCAAAAGAAACAACAGCAUUAUUGUUCAUGCAUGAAUCUACUCGAAUUUUCCAUGAUCGUCUAGUUGAUCUAGCAGAGAAGGAGACAUUUUAUCAGUUUCUUUCAAAUGAGCUCCACAAUUAUUUUAAAAUUGGACUGAAUGGCAUUGGAAAAGCAACCUGUGUAACCUUAGCCUGUUAUAUAUCUGAAUGCAGUAUCUGUAGGUUAUCUACUUCCUAUAGUUACACCUUUGCACAUUUUCAAGAGGAUAUUAAAAAAGUCUAUAAACAAGCUGGAGCAGAAGGCAAGAGGACUGUUCUUCUUAUUACAGAUUCAGAUAUAAUUCAAGAAUCAAUUUUGGAAGUCCUAAGUUGUAUUCUGAAAUCAGGACAAGUACCCAACCUAUUUGAGAAGGAUGAGUUGAAUAACAUUAUUGAAUCACUCACAUCAGCUUCUGAAAUGACUAAGGAUUCCAACAAAUUGGAUGAUAUGUAUUCCUUCUUCUUACAUAGAGUACGCCACAACCUUCAUAUAGUUUUGACAGUAAAUCCUACAGGACUGGUUUUCCGUCAAAAUAUACAGAUAUAUCCUGCCAUUGUGAAUUGCUGUACAGUAGACUGGUAUGAAAAUUGGCCUGAAGAGGCACUUUGCCAUGUAGCAAAAAGUUAUUUUAGCCAAAAUGAGACAUUGAGAAAUGAGAAUUUAAGAGAUAUUCUUAUCCCCAUGACUGUUAAUAUUCACAAGAAUGUAUCUAUAAUAAUUGAGAAAUACUUGAAGGAAACUAAAAGGCACUAUUACAUCACUCCCAAAAGUUACUUGCAAUUUAUAAAUACUUUUUCCACAAUAUUGAGGACCACAAAAGAGAAAAUGCUGAGUGAAAGAGCUUGCUAUCAUUCUGGCCUGACAAAAAUCUUGGAUGCAACUUCACAGAUUACAAAUAUGCAAGAUGAAUUACUUGUCCUUGGACCUCAAAUAGAAUCAAAAUCAAAGGAAAUAGAAGCACUUGUAGCUAAACUUCACAAAGAUGCCUCAGUUGUAGAGCAAGUUCGAACUUUGGUUAAAAAGGAUGAAGAAACUAUGACUGCAGAAACUAAAAUUGUGGAAGGGUAUGCUAAGCAAGUAACAGAAGAACUCAAUUCUGUAUUGCCAUCUUUGGAGAAGGCCCUUAGUGCUCUUGAUGCACUUGACAAAAAUCAUAUUGCAGAAGUUAGAGUAUAUACUCAUCCUCCUCCACUUGUUUUAACUGUUAUGAAUGCCGUCUGUAUUCUUCUUGAAAAGAAACCAAACUGGGCAACAGCAAAAUUACUACUUUCAGAUCCAGGAUUCCUUAAAAAAUUGGUUACAAUUGACAAAGAUAAUUUACCAGAAAAGGUUUUUCUGCAGUUAAAAAAAUAUGUGAGGUCACCUGAUUUCAGCCCAGUGAAAGUAGGACUUGUGUCUGUUGCAUGUUGCUCCAUAUGCCAGUGGAUUUUAGCUCUGGAUCACUAUCAUAUUGUUAAAAGGUUUGUAGAUCCAAAGCAAGCAAAGGUAGCAGAAGCAGAGGAAUUACUGAACCGUGCACUUAGUAAAUUAGCUGAAAAACAAAGAUGUUUAGCCCUGAUUGAACAACAUCAACAAAAUUUAGAAGCAUUGUAUGAUGAAAGUAUUGCUGAACAGGAAAAACUUGCAGCCCGAAAAAUUCAAACAACUCGUCGUUUACAUAGUGCAUCUAUAUUAAGUGUAGCUCUAAAGAAUGAAAUGGAACGCUGGAAAGAAUCUGUUAAUAACCUCGAUCAAAGAUUGCAAGGAAUUGUAGGUGAUGUCCUUAUAUCAGCAGCUUGUAUUGUCUACAGUGGAAUUUUAUCAGCGGGGUAUCGUCAACAGCUAGUUGAUGACAGUUUGAAACUCUGCAGUGAUAACAAUAUUUUGGUCUCUCCAAAUUACUCAUUGGUUAACUGCAUGACAGAAAAGAAUGAGGUCCGCAGAUGGCAAAAUGCAGGCUUGCCACAUGAUCAAUACACCACAGAAAAUGCAAUACUUGUUAAACAUGGACAACGGUGGCCUUUACUAAUUGAUCCAGAAAGGCAAGCUUACAAAUGGAUAUGUCAAAUGGAAGGCAGCAAAUUGCGACAAACCAAUGCUUCAGAUGCCAAAUACUUAAUAACAAUUGAAUAUGCUUUACAGUUUGGUGAAUCAGUCCUUCUGCAGGAUUUUCCUGAAACAUUGGAUUCAAAUAUAAAAUCAAUCUUAAGCAAGGAUAUCUACAAAAAAGGAGGACAAGAAUUCAUUAGAAUAGCAGAUUCUGAAAUUCAGUACAAUUCAGACUUUCGAUUAUACCUGACAACGCAGAAACCCAAUCCUCAUUUUCUGCCAGAAACAUGCAAUAUUGUUACAAUGAUAAACUUCAUUUUAACAUUCCAUGGUUUGCAAAAUCAGCUUUUAUCUGCAGUUGUAAAUAAGGAAAAACCUGAACUUGAAAAACAGUACUGCAAGUUGAUGGAAAGCAUAUCAAUUGAUCUGGUAGCACUACAUGAAUAUGAACAAAGAUCACUUCAACUUUUGCAAAAAACAACUGGGCACCUUUUAGAUGACCAAGAUCUCAUUGAAAAUUUGCAGCAAACAAAAAUUACGUCAUCAGAGAUUUUUCAGCGUGUAGCAGAUUCAGCAGCAACAGAAGUCACCAUAGAAGGAUUGCGUAAAGCGUAUAUUCCUAUAGCAACUCGUGGUGCUGUGCUCUAUUUUGUAAUAUCAGAUCUUAUACACAUCAACCAUGUCUAUCAGUUUUCACUGAACUGGUUUCAUAAGAUCUUUGUAGACUCUAUAGAUAAUGUGAAGAAAAGGGAAAUUUGUCUCAGUGAUGAUCUUUCAAGUACAAAAAUAAGUGAAUAUAAGGUGCAAAGCAAAGAAACAAUAACGGAAAGUGAAACUGAGAUAGAUCACUUCAAAAUACAUAUUAAUGAUAUAAUUGAGACACUAACAUAUCAUGUCUACGAGACAGUUUCUUCAGCUUUGUUCAAUAAAAAUAAGCUAUGCUUUGCUUUCCUACUGUGCACCGCAAUCAUGAAAAAUAAUUGUGGUGAAAAUGUAUUCACAAAUAAGCUUGGAUUUAUAUCAGAGAAUGAGUGGAAUUUCUUCCUGUACUCUCGGAUGAUAGCAAACAUUAAGCAACCAUCAAUCUCUGACUCUGCUGACUCGUGUGUAUUUAACAAAACUGCUCCAUUCCACUGGAUAAGUGAAAUGAUGUGGAAAGAAUGUCAGUACAUGAGUACUCAAAUACCAGCAUUCAACCUAUUGUGCAGUUCUCUGUCAACAUAUCCUCAACAGUGGAACGAUUUUCUAGAUAGUGAGAAUGUGUAUGAUUUGAUUAGUACAUGUUAUAGACCAUUAUCACCAAAGCAAGAGUCAGAAUCACAGCUAGGAAGAGAAAGUGAGGAGGAGGAGGAGGAGGAGGAGGAGAAGAAGAAGAAGAGUAUACAUGUAAUUUUUCCUUGGGAGAAGCUUUCUCCAUUUGAAAGACUUAUAUUGAUAAAAGUUCUUCGUUCAGAAAUGUUAAACCAAGCAGUAGAAAUAUUUGUAACUGAGAAAUUAGGAACUAGGUAUUUUCAGACUGGAGGAAUUAAUUUAAAACAAAUGUAUGAAGGAUCUGAUUCUACAACUCCACUAAUUAUCCUCCAUACUCAUGAGAUAGACAUUACAGCAAUUGUCUUGCGCUUUGCCCAAGAAAUAAAAACAAGUACACAAAAUCUGCAAAUGCUAUCUCUGGGACGUGGCCAAGGAAGCAAAGCAGAGGAAUUGAUAUAUAAAGCACAAAUACUGGGUGAACAGUGGGUAUUCCUUCAGAAUUGCCACCUCGCAACUUCAUUUAUGCCAAGAUUGUGCAAAAUUGUUGAUUCCUUUAUCCUACCUGAUACAACUAUAAAUCCAGGAUUUAGACUAUGGUUAAGUUCAACAUCAGAUAGAUCUUUACCCAUAUCUAUCUUGAGAAGCGGGCUAAAGAUAGUAAUAGAAACUCCACAAGGACUAAAAGGAACAUUACUUCAAACUUUUGGAUUUGGUGACACUGCUGUAGUAACAGAAACUAUAUUUAAUAAAACCAACUGUGGGCCAUCAUGGAAAAGAUUGUUGUUUAGCUUAUGUUUCUUCAAUGCUGUCAUUCUUGAAAGAAAGAAGUAUGGAGUUUUGGGCUGGAACAUUCCAUAUGCUUUUAAUUCUUCCGAUUUAGAGUUUUCGAUCAAAAUAUUGGAAGUGCUCCUUGAGAAGCACCAAAAGAUUCCUUGGGUAGCAUUGCAUUAUUUGACUGGAGAAGUAAUAUAUGGAGGCCAUGUAACUGAUAAUUGGGACCGUAGAUGCUUGCUUAGCAUUUUAGAUAAUUUUUAUAAUCCUUCUGUAUUGGGAGAAGAUUUUGUUUAUACUGCUGAUGAGGUCGCCGCUAGAAGUCUUCCUGUCUGGACUUCUGGCAGGUUUAAUGAUUUACUGAUGCUUCAGAGACAAAGCAAAAUACUACCUCAUCUUGGUGAAUAUCCUGAGUUUCAUGCCAGUUAUCAAGGACAUCCUAGCAGUUUUUGGCUUCCAGGUUUCUUUUUUCCACAUGGAUUUCUUAUUGCUGUGUGUCAGAAUUAUGCUCGGUUGAAUAAAGUAACAGUGGAUUCACUUACUUUUACACAUAAAGUGCUUCCUUUAACUCAAGAUGAAGAUUUAAGCUUCAAUAGAAGGGAAAACAUAUUAAACAAAGCUUUUGAGGAACAUUCUCAGCAUGAAACCGGAGUUAAAAUUCACGGCUUGUACAUAGAUGGUGCAUGCUGGAAUCCCCAUACACAGGCAUUGGAUGAACCUAAACUUCAUAGAAGAUAUUAUCCACUACCAGUCAUCCAAUUUUUACCACAAAGUAUUACCGUUUUCCCAAGUUUCUGUGAUGAAGACCAGCUUUUAUAUGUAUGUCCUUUAUACAAGACACCUCAAAGAACAGGAAUGCUGUCUUCUAUGGGUGCAUCUACAAAUUUUGUAACUGAAAUUAAUCUGCCAACUCUGGUAACUCCUAGCCACUGGAUAAUGAGAGGAGUUGCACUGUUAUGUCAACUGGAUUAGGAAAUAUUAAAAUAUUAUUGUUCCUUAUUUGAAAU